GCACCUCUCAGCCACACACACACACACACACACACACACACACACACACACACACACACACACACACACACACACAACGACCAACAAUUACUGACUACAUCCUGUAUUUUAAGCUUGUAUACAUUUAAUUAUACAAGUUUAUCUUAAUGUAAUGCUAAAGAAAAUAUUUGCAUUAUUUCAUUGAAAUUUGAAUCAAAUAUGAUGUCUUAUUUAAGCAAUUCCCCUGUAUCUACUUACCAUGUAGUACUGACCUUAAGAUGUGUCUACAGACCAUGCAUGUUUAACAAUACUUUGAUAUAUUUCAGAUGAAUGUGUGGUAAUAAACAACUAUAAUGCCACAGCUAACUGGACCUCACCUGUGAAUGCCACAUCGUCUGUUAUAGAGUUUUGGCAGUAAGUUUUUAUAUAAAUAAGACAGGCUUUAAUGCUGAUUAACUAUGCUUAAAUUAACAGCGAUGUCAGUGAAGCAGGCUCAUUCUGUCCUGAAAAGCUGUCUAAUUUGAGAAAAAUAUGACAAAAUGCCUGAGUGGGUGUGAGAUGGUUGUGUAACAUAACUGCUAGUGACACAUAAAACCUAUAUGUGUCUGAACAGCCGUAUGAUUGAGGUUUAAAACAGGUUCUUUAUUAUCAGUGGAUAAUAUAAAUAAAAUUGGAUAAUCCACACUAUGUAAAAGGGGUGAAUCAAACAUGCAUUUUGCACAAAGAUAAAUAACAAUGAGGAAUAAUGUAGUCUGAAAUCUACAGUCUUUUAGUGUGGAUGGGAAAUGAGGCUAUUUUUAGAAUUAAGUCAUGUUUCUGCUCAGACAUGUGAAGGUGUUAUGUAGCACUGGCAGUAACACCCUAAAUGACACUUGCGCAGCCAUACUGGUGUUCUGUCUUGCUUUUCCAGAUUGGACCACGUCUCAGGAACUAUUGGAUGUGUACAAAGAGUGUGUGACUCACUGUUAAAUUGGUUCCUCAUGUCAGGUCAAGACAGCUUCCAUAUUUACCUGUUUAUAUAAUGUGUUGUUUUUGGUUAACUUACGUAAUUUACGGCCACUGGAUGUCUGAAACAACACUCCAACUGUUCUGAAAAGUCACAUUUUUACCAAUUCAAUUUUUUUUAGAGUUUCAACAUCAUCUGAUUUGAACGAUUAUUUCAAUUUCAUCUACUGGAAAAGAGUCUUUAAAACCUCAGACCACAGCUUCUUCAUUCACUGUCAACACCAUGAAAAUCUGCUAAGGAUUUGAGAUAUUUAAAUCUCUUUAAAUAUUGGGGAGUUCAGUGCUCUCAUAAUGCAAUGAUUUUAACUGAGUGUAAAUGCCAGCAUCCAGGUUACAUCUACAUCUGCAAAACUAAUAUUAAAGAAACCGCAUGUCAGUAUUUCAUUUACGAUUAAUAAAUCCACAUUUCCGAGAGCUAUAUUGUCAAAGCGCAGUGUUUCUUAACCCUCAGGAAAGCAGCUCUGCAAUCGUUUAACCACCGGGAUUUUAUAGGAUGUAAGUGCCACAAUUCAUACACAUUUCUUGUAUGAGUGCUGAAAAACUUUACUCACAGGUCACUUUACAAUUAAAGCCCCUCGCACGCUCAGAAACAGACGCUUUGAUUCAUUUUGACCUCUUGUCAGGACUAUGUGAGCAUCUUUGAGUGAUAUGUUUUUUGAGGGACAGUUUCCACACAUAACACAGCUCAGAAUACCCUGAGGAAGAUCUAAUCACCCAGACUAAUGAAAGACACCUGUGUACUGGAGCUGUGAAGGGCCCUUAAUUGCACAUUCAGGCAUGUAUCAUUCUGAUUACAGUGCCGAGCUUCAGGAUCAAAAGACCUUUCAUGAUGGACCUCUUAACUUGUCAAUCAGAUAUGUAUCUAAAAACACAUAUAACAGCUGCAUUCCUUUUAGGUGUAUCAGUGCCAAGGUGCUCUACUUCGUAGCGUGCACGUCGAAGAUUCACUUGUUGCUCGUUUUUAUAACUCUCCCCCCACUCUUUGAAUGUAUUCUCCAUUAUAAUCUUAGUUAUUAACUUCAAUAUAAAUUAGUUGUAGUAAUUUAAGCCUGAACAUGUGCAUUGCUUUGAGUGAUUGUAAGAUAAGAUAUCAUCUUACAGACGACGGGUGUUACAUAUAUCCAGCGGCAUCGAGACUUUGGGAAAGGUACAGUGGGACCUUUCUUUGUGCCUUCUCCUGUCCUGGGUCAUCUGCUACUUUUGUGUGUGGAAGGGAGUGAGAUCGACAGGAAAGAGGGAUGACCCUUCCUGGAGCUUUCCAUGGCAUCAAAUACUACCUGUACCCCAAUCCUGCUCGGCUCGCUGACCCGCAGGUGUGGAUGGAUGCUGGAACACAAAUAUUUUACUCCUACGCAAUAUGUUUGGGAUGCCUGACCACACUUGGGAGCUACAACAAGUACAACAACAAUUGCUACAAGGACUCGUUCUAUCUUUGCUUGUUGAACAGCGGGACCAGCUUUAUAUCUGGCUUUGCCAUUUUCUCAGUUCUGGGCUACAUGUCCGAGAAGAUGGGCGUUGACAUCACUACUGUUGCUGAGAGCGGUCCUGGUCUUGUCUUCAUUGUCUACCCACAAGCUGUGACCCUGCUGCCAUGGCCUCAAGUUUGGUCCGUGUGCUUCUUCGUCAUGAUCAUCUUGUUAGGAAUAGACGGUCAGUUUGCUGGUCUUGAAAGCAUCAUGACCUCUUUUGCAGAUGUCUUCCCUUCCCAUAUCCGAAAGGGAUACCGCAGAGAGCUUUGUCUGCUGCUGCUGUGUGCUCUUUGCUACAUGUUUGGUCUGUUGUUAGUGUCAGAGGCUGGCGCAUACAUUCUGCAGAUCUUUGAUCAUUAUGUGUGCAGCGGUCCAACUCUUCUUCUGAUGGCAAUCUUUCAGUCAGUUAUAAUUGGAUGGAUUUAUGGUGCUGAACGCUUCUGUGACAACAUUGAGGACAUGAUCGGCUACAAACCUCUAUCACUGAUCAAGUACUGCUGGCUGUAUGGCACCCCUCUGAUCUGCAGUGGAACGCUUGUGUUUUUGCUCCUGAGAUACACCCCGCUGAGGUUCAACAACUCCUAUGAGUAUCCUUGGUGGGCUUACUGCAUCGGCUGGUUUCUGGCCAUGUCGUCUCUUGUUUUGAUCCCAAUCACCAUGAUCUGCAAACUGGUCAAAGGAGAGGGGUCUCUGUUGCAGCGUUUCAAGGCCAGCUCCCAGCCUGCAGGCGACCUCCCAGUGAUGGCUAAGGAGAUGUCGAGCGUCAAUGUAUCGCUGAAUGCUCGUCAUGGUGGGAAGCACAGCCACAGCAAAUCAAACGGCAAUCUUUAAAGACAACUUUCCGAUUAUUACAAUGUUAAAACUAUAUAGAGCAGGUAGUUUCCCGUUAAUAUGGUGGGGUGCAUUCAUUUACUGAUACUGGUUUUAAGGUAAGAAGAAAUACUUUUUUUUAUCAUUAAAUUAUAUUCAGCAUUGUUACAGAGGCUGAAUGUAAAGAUACUACACUGAGUUGGAAGCUGUUUUCUAUAAACUGAAUAUUAAAUAACAGAAAAGGUUAAAGGUAGCAGUGGUGUUUCUGCAUAUUUUAGCUCACUCAGUGCAAAAAGCUUCACAUUAUUACUGUCUAUAGCAGGCCAUUUUGUCUGCUGCAGGUUCAGCUUGUUGACGUUUUCAGUUCACAUCGCACGUGAAUACAUGUGCAGAUUAGUUUGAAAUGUAAAAAGAAAACUACUUAAGAAGAGAUUAACACUCAAAGACUAAUCUACUUCAUCAGGAAUGUGUGGAUCAGGUUGGAGCAGAUUUUACUGACAGUGGUCACCGUGGCAACGUGAGCAAAACGACUUAUCAGAUUCAGAUUAUGGCUGAGAAAAUGAGAAAAAUAACAGCUCUCUCACAUGGCUGCGAUAAAUGUGUGGCUGGAUCCAGUGUAGCUGAGCACAAAGACUGUAGAUGGGGAAACAGCGGGCCUAGUUCUGGAUCAAAGGUGCAUUUCAUUACCUUGGAGCGGAGCUGUAGACGGUUGCCCCCGUUUUCCCCUUGUUCUUUCCAUUGUUCUCCUCAGCCUCCCAUUUUUCUAAACUGCCUGAGCAGUGACACACCAGGUUAUCCAUGCAAAUUCAUCAGUGAAAAUCUUCCAAGCUUCCAACAUUGUCAGUAUUAUCUGCUUUCAGUUUUCUCAGAGACAUAUCAAUCCAUGCUGAUUUUCUUACUCUUCUGAUGUGAAUUUAAACUGUAAUCUAUCAAAAGAAAGCAACAUUUUCUACAUUAUAAAGAUUUAUAUUUAUAUAUAUAUAUAUAUAUAUAUAUAUAUAUAUGUAUGUAUUAAGACUGGUUAGUAAGAGAUAUUGCCUUUACUUGUCUAAAGAUUUUAUACAUUCAGAACAUUUUUAUCCUAAUUUAUGUGUUUUAAACAUAUAAUAAGUCAAAUAAACCCACCUCCUUAUUGCUGUCAAAAAAGUGUUAAGACAUUUACUGCUUGAAUUUAUUCAAGCAACAAUACAAGGUCUCAGACCAGUAAGACAUUUAUAUUAAAUUAACUUGAUCCAAUAAGCUUGACUUUUUUUUUUUUUUUUAAAUAAACAUGAAUAAGAACUGGAGAUCUAAAUGUGUUUUCAGAAUUAUGUCCCCCUAGUUCCACAUUCCUUAACUCAGGGGUGUCAAACUCAGUUCCUGGAGGGCCACUAUCCUGCAUGUUUUAGAUGCUUCCCUGCUCCAACACACCUGAUUCAAAUGAUCAGCUUAUCAUCAAGCUCUGCAGAAGCCUAAUAACAAGCCUGAUCAUUUGAAUCAGGUGUGUUGGAAGAGGGAAACAUCUAAAACAUGCAGGACAGUGGCCCUCCAGGAACUGAUCUUGACACCCCUGCCUUAACUGAUUCAGGAUCAGUGGUCACGGUGGUGGUCUUGCAGUGGUCUACAGAAAAGAUUAUAUUAUAUAACCUGACAAGCCUUAUGUUUUUGUCAUGCCAUGUAUGAUGACAAUAAAGCCAUUCUAAUUCUAGUUCUAGUUCUAAUUUGAACUGUACCCUCCUCUCAGUGGACAAACCUUCCAGCUUUGAGAUAUUGACAUUUAAAAUCAACUCUCACAUCCCCGUGUGCUGCAUUGUUAUUCAUCACCCACCAAAACACAGUAAUAAUGUUUUUUAGGGGCACCCAGGUAGCUCAACUGGUUGAUGCAGCAGCCUGGGUUCAAUUCCAACUCAUGGCCCUUUGCUGCAGGUCUCCACGCAAUUCUUCUCUCCCUACUUUCCUGUUUGUCUCUAUACUAACCUGUCCAAUAAAACCAACAAAAGGCCAAAAAUGAUCAUUAAAAAAGUUUUUUUCUAAACAGAUUCCUCCUAUUUUAUUUCCUUUACUAUUCUUAGUUUUGAUCACAAUUUAUUGGUUGGUGAUUUUAAUAAUUCAUGCUGAUGACCCAGAACACCGUUUGACGUCAGAGUUUUUAACUACGUGUGACUCUUUUAAUCUAAAACAACAUGUGCAAUCUCCCACACAUGACCAAGGCUGCACUAUUGACCGAGUUUUUACCCCUGGGUUUAGAUAUUAAUUCUAUGUCCUGAAGACAUUUCAUUCCUGAUCAAAAAAUGAUUUUAUUUGAUUUUAAUCGGCUUCCAAUUUUGCAGCUACCUUCUGUACUGAUGAUUUCAGUCAAUGUGAGGGUGUAAACAACACAUUAACCUUUUAAAUAAUAUGUGUUACAAAUCUUAUGACCUUAUAUCACCGAUUACAGCUAGACAACAUUGUUCCUCCAACCCAAGGCCAUAGUAUAAUGAAAGUAUUUGAAAGCUAUAAAGAGAUGCCAAAGAGCUGAGUGACAAUGGAAAAAGAUGAAACUUCUCACCCACCUGCUGCAUAUGAGGAAAUUGGCAAAUUCUUUUAAUUCACUAUUAAAGAGUGAGAGGCUCUUCUACUUUUCUAAUAUGAUUGCAUCAAAAAAAAAAAAACAUAA